GGUAAAACAGCACCCUCCCAUUUCACUUUAUUUCAGACCAUAAAUCUUGCAUCCAUCAUCCAUCACGCCGACGUGAGUUUCCAGGUGUGGUGACGAAGACAAUGCGGAAGUGCGUUUUCCACAGCGCAGCGAGCCGUUGAAGUCCAGUGUCAUCAGUCAGACACGAUGUCCAACAAUGACGAUAUUCGAUACUGCCACAGGUUCUCCUACAUUUGCCUCAAAUUCCUCCUGUUCUCCUACGCCGUCAUCUUUUGGUUGAUAGGCGGCUUUAUCUUGGCCAUUGGCAUCUAUGCUGAGGUGGAGAGACAACGCUACAAAACACUGGAAGGAAUCUUUUUGGCCCCAGCUAUAAUCCUGAUCCUCCUGGGAAUUGUCAUGUUUAUUGUUUCUUUCAUUGGAGUCUUGGCUUCACUGAGGGAUAAUCUAACUCUACUAAAAGUGUUCAUGUACACUCUGACUGUGUGUCUGAUCCUGGAGCUGUUGGGAGGAAUACUGGCGCUGGUGUUCCGCAACCAGACGGUGGAAUUGCUCAACAAGAACAUUCGAAGAGGCAUAGUGAACUACUAUGAUGACUUGGACUUCAAAAACAUCAUGGACUUUGUGCAGAAGAAGUUUAAGUGUUGCGGAGGUCAGGAGUAUAAAGACUGGUCAGUCAACAUGUACCAUAACUGCUCUGCCCCUGGUCCAUUGGCCUGUGGUGUCCCUUAUACCUGCUGCAUUACUACUAAGCCUAAUGAAGUGGCCAACACUAUGUGUGGGUACAAGGUACUGGAAAAGGAGCGCUUGGAUUUGAUCGAAAUCAUCCACAUCAGAGGCUGCACUGAUGCUUUCUUCAUCUGGCUGAUGGACAAUUAUAAGAUUAUGGCAGGACUGCUGUUAGGGAUCUUACUGCCUCAGUUCUUUGGUGUGAUAAUCAGCUGGCUGUACAUCACUCGUGUCGAAGACGCCAUCAGUGAGUAUGGUAACUACAUGGACGGACUACUGAACUCGAACACGCUUGAACGAGGAGCCAAGAGGCAGGGCCGCGUGGCCAAAUGGUUCAAGUGUAUGCCAGAGAUCGACUGAUGAAACCAAAAGCCAAAAAGCAGCUCUGCACCACCACUCGGUUGGUUAAACCACUCCAGUCGAUUCAGAUACUGCUGCAGCCUCUGUGGGAGCCUGCCUCAGAGCUGCACGUUUACUAUGUACUAACUCCACCGUGGAGAAAAAAUGUUUUGUUUUUUUGGUUUCAGGAAGAAGCAGUUGUUCAGCAGCCAAACUACUGAACAUUUGAUAUUUAAGUGUUAUCAUGCAGUGUACUAAUCCGUUAAAGGGAAUUAAGAGCUCAUUUGUGUGUUUUCAGGUGUAUUGGGCCUCAGACAGUCUCAGGGAUAAAAGCAUAUACCAGUUCAGCCACUUUUGUUUCUCUUUUAUAAUUUGACUUGAAAUUAAUCAUAUCACACAAUCUACAACACGUUUUUUUCCUCACUUUAUAUGUGUUCAUUGUGUGUCCCGCACUACCCCUUACUACCUACAACCACAGAUGAAGCAGGUCUUAUUAUCCAGUCACCACAUUCUCCAACAACAGGUGAACCCAAAUGCAAAAUAAUGUGGGCGAAGACGCAUUUCUGUCAUAAGGAAAUAGUUUGCCUUAUUUGUAUGGAACUCAUAGAGGUUUGAGACAUAACAUGAUUUAUUUUGGAAUAUCCUGUAUAGAAUAAGUAUUUACAGAGUGCUGCACCCUGUGCAUCCUAUUAUGACCACAAGUGCUCACUGAAUCUCAGUGAAUCAGAACAAGAAGUGUUGUUUUCAAUUCACACAUCUAUUACAGACAUUUCUACACCAAACCCUUAACUUUGAUUCCUUAUUUGAGCUCUGCUGUUCUUUUAAGUCAAAUACUUCAGCCAUCUUAUUGGGCUCUGCGGUGUCGAGUCAGAGAGUCGGCUUCACGAGGAUCACUUUUAUACACUGAUUUAAAAGUUGAAUGCUAAUGCAAUAAUGAAAAAAUCUCAUGGUUAUUGUUAAGCGUAGUACCGCUAGAAAUUACACUUAUCCACCACUAAUUACAGCAAAUCCAUCUGUUAGACAGCCACUUCCCCUGUAUUAGAUUUUUAAUCAACGUGUCGAAAUGUUUUUAAUGAACGAGUCUUCUUGGUUCCAAAAUGUUCAGUUCUUGAAGCACAAAUAAUGAUAUACAUACCUUAGUUAUAUUUAUCUGAAGCCACAUUUUAUUUUCUCUGACCUUAACCAAAGUGUUUUAGUUGCCUGAGCAUAAUCACACACAGGCCUCCGUCAACAUGCUUUGUACGUCACAUGUCCACUUAGACCACCUCCUCACAACUUUUCUUACUGGACGUGGAAAAAAAAUGUUGCCGCUGAACAUAAUCCAUGUGGCAGUUAUGUUUGGGUCAAGACAAAAUGAAUCGUUAUUUUUAGGAGAUAGGGACAUUUUACAUAUUAUAUUAGACUCACAUAUUAGAACAGGUUAACCAAGAUGCACUAUAGCUAAAUGACCUUUGAACAACAUGCGGUCGUCAUUAUUUAAGUGAAUAGUAUGAGUUUGAAGUGUUGCUGGACUGCGUUUAGUUUUAAUGUGAAGUUGAAAACUCGGUUCAGAUACCCUUAUUUUUUGUUGACUUGGUUCAUUUUGAAAUUCUCAUCUCCCUGAUCCCAGAUCUCUUGAUAUGUCUGUCAAUAUAUUCUGUACUGUAUUGUUUGCAUACAUUUCAGCUGGUUCUUUUCAGUCGUUGCCUCUGUUCAAUAGGUUACAGGGCCAAACAGAAGUUGUCGUCAAUAGCAUGAUCACAUCUCAGGCCUAAAUAUGUAAUAAUUCAGGUUAAAUUAAUUAUUAUGAUUAUUAUACAAUUAAAACUCCCAUUCAGCUGGCUGGAGAAAAGCAGUAAAUUUGAUUUUAACAUGUUGGUCACCUAAAUUCAUUCUGUUGACCUUCAAAAAAAUUGAUUUUCAUGUUUUAGCUCACUGUUUAUUUGACUCUUGACUUGAAGUUUUGGCUGCUGGGUGGAAGGUAAAAGUAAUGUGUAUAUAACCAAUUGGGUGAGGGUUUGUUUAAUGUGUGCUACAGUUAUUACCUACCUUCCUGUCAAUAAACAAGAAACAUCAGAAUCAGCGGACAGUAACAUGGGACAUCUUCUCAUUGGUUAGACAGCAGUGAGAAGAAAGAGGUUUUAUGAUGCUAUUCAUUUGAAAGUCAAGACUGCACUCGGGUCACUUCAUUUGUCUGCCUCAUUAAACUGGACAUGAUCUAAUGCUGGUGAGUUAAAAGGAGCGUGAUAGCUAAUUAACGAGUCGUCAUGCAUUUUGCAGACUCACUGGUCAGUUCAGGUUGUCAGGGAAAUUAGCAGUAUAAAACUUGUGUAGAUUUUAAUUAUUUUUGCUUCAAUUAAAAAAGCAUUGACCCAUCUCUGACAGAAAGUGUAAUGUAACUAGUUAUUUUCACAUUGUAUAGUUUGUUUUGUAUUUUUUGAGAAGUCUAAGCAAAUUGUGUAAUACUUAAAACCAAAGAUGUGCUACCUUUUAAUGUGUACAGCAUUGACAGAUAUUUUCUAAAGAUGCUACAAAGAAUAUUUCAUUGACUGUAUUAAUGAUGCAACUAUCAUUGUCAACUAUCACCUGCAUAUUAAAGUAGUAGUAGUAUGUUGUUUAAGGCCUCGUUCAGACUGCUAACCCAAGUCAGUUCUUUUGUCAUAUCCAGAUUCUGUACAGAUUGAUUUUCUAAAGUCUGAAAAAUAAAAACAUAUGAGAUUCAAUUUUAGCUAAGCGGAUCCAAACCACAUUUGAACGUGCUCAGAAAUGUGAUUCAAAUCAUCUGAGUCUGGACGCACUGAACACUCAAACUGGACUUUACAAAGUGUCUCUAGUGUCACUUGCAGUACGACACACAACAACAGAGUGACAGAAGUGCAGUGAGGGUGAGCAAAAUCCAUGCUGCUAAUAGCAGAGCAGUCUGCAGGACAGCACAGAGAUCAACAGUCCAUGAGCUAAUAAAUUUUCUGCUUCAUGGCUUGACAGCACAAUCGUUUGGAGAGAGACAUGAUGGAUUUUCAUUUCUUCUUCUGCAUUGAAAACCCAAGCCACCAGCUUAACUCGUUACCACAGCGACUCGUGUGGACAGGCUGGUGAUGUCUGGAUGCACAGAUCUGUUCUGAUUACUGAUCAAAACAGUGCAGACACUCUGUCUUAAAGACCUGAUCUGAGAAACGAGUCCGUUUCACAUGCAGUCUGAACAAAGCCAAAGAUGAUACACAGAUGAAUGUUUUGUCAUCGUUUUUCAUAGUUGCUUGGACAUUCGGCUCACCUCUCUUGCCCUUGUGAUAUCGAUGUGAAUUGCAUCAAUUGUUCGUAAAGUUUUGUAUCAUCAUCGGUUAAUUUAAUUGAACGAAACCACACUCGUUGAAGGAAGUUUUUGUCAGGUUGUUUUUUAGGGUUGAGGUUGAGAAAUAAAAUGAUUUCUUGCUGUU